AUGUGGAUCACCAAGGAACUCGCCCUCAGUCCUUUGUGCAGAAUCCGUGCAGAACUCCUCCCCCUCGAGGAGCGCUCACGUAUCGGCUACGAGAGGACCAAGGCGGUCAUUCAGCUAUACAACCUCACAGCAGACGACAUUCUCAAGGCUUCUUCAAGAUAUUGGGAGCUUUUCACCGACCCAAUCUUGUGCAUGGACGGCGCCGUUGCGAUUCUCGUCAAUAUUCAAUUGAAUAUGACUGCCGGUACUCUCGCCAGAUACGCCCCCGAAAGACCAGACAUCGCCGAAAUACUCGAGAGAGUAUUGAGCUACGAGCUAUCUGGUCAGUAUUUGAUGACGGAAAUCGGCCAUGGCACCAAUGCCAUACGCAUGGGAACAACAGCGACCCUGAUGCCCGACGGAAGUUUCGACCUCCAUACACCCUCUUCUUAUGAGGCAAAAUUUAUGCCACCUUCUGCGCCGUGCGGAAUACCUGUCAUUUCCAUCGUCUUCGCUCGCCUCAUCGUUGGGGAUGAAGACUGGGGAAUAAAGUGCUUUAUGGUCAACCUCAGCGACGGUGUUCAAAUGUGCCCAGGUGUGGAAUGUAAAGUCCUCCCUCAAAGAGGUGGCGCACAUCCGGUCAAACACGCGCUCACAUACUUCAAUCACGCCCGCAUCCCGGCCUCAGCUUUAUUGUCAAGGCUCAACAGAUCUGAUGACCCUCGCGACUCGUAUUUCAACGACAUCACUGGCGCGAUGAGGGGUGGAUUGUGCUUAGGCACGAUCGCCGUUUCCAGCAUGCACAUUGUUUCGUACAUCGGGGCCCAAUAUAGUCUCCGCCGACAUGUCGAGGACGCGUCGACGAAACAACUGCGCCCGAUAAUUAGUUUCAGCACGCAGUAUAUUCCCGUCCUCACGGCGAUAGCACAGACGCUGGUCUUCGAUUCGUACGCUCGGGAGGCGGUGAAUUUAUUCGGCAUCGCGGCGUUUAAUGAUGAUAUACACAAGCAGCACUUCGUUUCCGUAGUCUUCAAAACUGGAGCGGUCAGGAGGGCACAGGCGAUUUCACUUGAACUUGGGGAACGAUGUGGAACGCAAGGCCUCAUGGAAGUCAACCAAAUAUCCGUGCUUCAUGGAGAUCUGCGAGGGGCAGGAAUCGCUGACGGUGAUAUUCAGACAGCCUCCAUCCGUUUCGCAAUGGAUGUGCUUCUAGGUCGCACAAAGCCACCGGCCACCCUCUAUCCAGACAGCCUUCUGUCGCUCCACGAGCAAUAUAUGAUCGAAGAAUUACGAGGCAUAAUCCAGUCUGGUCCCAGCCACCGUGAUCCAGCCGUAGAGAAACGCAUCCUCCCGUUCUGCGAGCCUCUAAUGGAGGCAAUUAGUUACCGCAUGGCUUAUGACGCCGCGAUGGGACACCAAGUUCAUCCUCGCAUUAUCGAUAUGUUCGUGGCCAGUAUUAUCAAGCUCGACCCAGCUUGGUAUGCCGAGAAAGGACGCAUCUCUCGGCUGAGGCAGAUGGAGAUGGCAGAGGCAGCUGCACAUGCUCUUUUCCCCGACUUGCCGACCCUGUUGGAGCAGCUGGACGCAAAUGAAUAUGUCACUGCUCCGAUGUUGUCGACAGAAGAGUGGGAUGGAUUCGUUGAUUGUCUGGAGACCCUUAGACAUGGCAUCGACCCGGUCAAGACAUAUGAAAAGAGCGUAUUGUGUCGCUUGUAA